AUGAGUUCACUAAGCACAUACUUCCUGGACGUCGUAUACUCGUUCACAAAUUGCAUGGUCUGCUUCCCAAGCUCACCUCAACUCAAAAUCAACAGUCGGAGUUUCAAGAUAUUACGGUUGCUGGGCGAGGGUGGUUUCUCAUAUGUAUAUCUCGUACAAGACAACUCGAAUCAGCAACUCCUUGCGCUCAAGAAGAUACGAUGUCCCUUUGGACAAGAAAGCGUGAGCUUGGCGCUCAAAGAAGUCGAGGCCUACACACUAUUCUCGCCGCACCCGAACAUCAUACACUCGAUUGACUACUCUGUUGAGACCGACAAAUCAGAUUCGUCUGCGAAGACCGUGUACAUCCUUCUCCCAUACUACCGUCGUGGUAAUCUACAAGAUAUGAUCAACGCGAACCUGGUCAACCACACAAAGUUCCCUGAGCGGAGGCUCAUGGUGUUAUUCUUAGGUGUCUGCAAAGCGCUAAAGGCAAUGCAUCAGUACAAGAUUAAGGGCGGACCUGGCGGCGCGCGAAGCGAGGGCAAGGCGAAGAAAGUCAGGAGAGAUGCAAAGAGGGCAGAUGCGGAAGCUGCAGAGAGCAUGGAAAUGCGCCCAAGCAGGAGAAACCGCGAUCAUGAGGAAGACGACGAACAAGAGGCAGAGGGACUGCUAGAAGAGUCGGAAGUUACAGCGGCGCAUGAAGGCAUUGCGCCUGGUGGAGAGAGGGCAUAUGCGCAUAGGGACAUCAAGCCUGGCAACAUAAUGAUAGACGACGACGGCAAGACACCCAUCCUAAUGGAUCUCGGCUCCCUCGCGCCAUCACCAACACCCGUAACCUCACGCUCCCUUGCUCUACAAAUCCAAGAUACCGCCGCCGAACACUCGACCAUGCCAUACCGCGCCCCCGAACUCUUCGACGUUAAGACCGGCUCAGUCAUCGACACCAAAGUCGACAUUUGGUCGCUCGGUUGCACACUCUACGCAUGCUUAGUCGGCAAGAGCCCCUUCGAGGCUAGAUCAGAUGAGACGGGUGGUAGUCUGAGCAUAUGUGUAUUGGGUGGUGACUGGAGGUUUCCAGAUGAGGGCAUGCAGAGGGGCAAGCAAAAGGCUAAUCCUGAGGACGCGAUCACAGAUAGUGUGAAAGAGGUGGUGAGGAAGUGUUUGAGGCUGGAGCCCAAUGAGCGACCGGAUGUUGACGAGCUGAUUGACAUUGUCGAGGAUGUACUGAGGGAGCUCCCGGAGGAUGGCUCGGACGACUAG